CUUCGACCGCCGUGACGGCUUGUUCCGUCUGGAAGUUGGCGAUGGAUACACACAGGAUGCAUCCCACGACGAUCUGCGAGUACUGUGCGCUCAAUGCGUCCCACUUGGCCUGCACAUACUCCCAUGCGACAGUUGACCCGUCGGCUGCGACGCUGCCAACAGGCUAUAGAUGUCCUGGCUGCGGACAUCUCCCGCCACGGCCCACUCAAACGCGCGCAUCUUGAGCUUCACAGACGGAAACCGGCCCAGCGCGUCCAGCACAUGCAGCUUUUCGUCGAUAAAGUCGCUGGUUUCGUAACCUGGAGGAGGUGCGCAAACGCAGCGUCGAGCUUGGACGUUGUGCGCACGUGGAUGGUGUACACGAUCGAGCGCAAGUCAGCCGAGAGUGAUGCCGGGGCGGAAACUGCAGCGUGGAAGCGCACCGAGGCUUCCGCCGCCACGGCCGAAGUUGCUGGUCAGGUCUUGAUCCGUCGGACGCGUGUCCCACGUCAAGUGGCCCUUCACGGCCACGUACAGCCGCCGCCGAUAUUUGCCGUCACUGCCACGUUGAGUUGGGGCAUCUAUUUCCGAACAAGGGAGUUCAAGGAGCCCGGACUCCUCGACGCAUGCUCAGCUCAUUACAAGAUGUCAGCAUUCGUUGUUCAUGUCGGUCAUACAGACCUCGUUGGCAAGUUGCCAAGGGAUGCCAUCAUAUAA